GUGGUCAUAUUUUUUCAAAAUUAAUUGCCAUGACAACUGCAUAAUUUUAGUUUAUUGGCUGACCUUGAAUCACGUAUCACUUGAAUAUGGGUGUGCGUGCGUGUGUUUUUAAAUUACUGAGAUCCUUUAGAAGUCAAUUAUGCACCAAAACACGAAAUUAAUUAUGGAAAUUUGUUUCAUGGAAUAUAUAUAUGCAUACAUUAGAAACUUUCGUUUGAUCCACAUAUAUUCCUUGACUUGCUUAUGUGAAACUGAUAUAGGAGGUCAUGUACUGUGUCACGUUCCUUUUACUUAAUGUACACUGUUGUAGUGCCGAUAUAUCCAUAUCAGUUAGUAAACAGGGGAUUAUGACCUUCUGCAUGAGUGGUUUCUUCCUCCAUUUGAUAAUUGGAUUGCCUCCAAAACAAGUUAUUUUUAUUUGACUUUUUAGUUUGAGGGCGUUGAUGGGUAAAAAAGUACAACACUCAUUUGGCUGAACUUCUGACUGACUUUAAUUUUGUUUGCUUUCUCUACUAAAUGAAGUAGUUUCUUUAUUCAUAUCUUCUUCUAUUAUGCCAAUGGGUAUUUACUGGAUGUUGAUUUGUUAAGAAAGUUAAUAAUAAUAGCUUGAAAAGCUUUUAACCCUGUUUGUUGGAAGAAAAGAAUUGUUUGCCAAUUGAUUGUUAGAAAAGAAUAGUUCAAGAAGAUGAGUAUUUUCACCAGCUUCAAUGUAUAAUGGUAGAUAAACCAUCCUCACAGUUGUAAUGGGUAUUUAGUUAUUUAUACUUUUAUCAAUAAAAAUUAAUCUGGUUGUUCAGAACUGGAAUUUUGUAUUAUUCUUAAUAAAAGGUAAAUAUUAAACAAGUGAUUCAUUUUGUGUGUGGCCUGCUCUGUUGAACACUGAACCCAAAAUUUUUCAUUUGUUUUUAUUAGGACCAGAAAUCAGCACCAUAGUGCAAAGACUCUAUGGUUAACUUCCAAAACCAUUCUAAUGAACUCCUGCAACAAAGUAUAAUCCUCCUUUUGGUGACUCCCUGUUAAGAAGUCCAAACAACUGAUUACAUCCUCACAGUUGUAAUCAGUUGUAUUAUGGAUUUUUUUUUUGUUUUUUGCCUAAUCAUAUGACAAUAUUUGGUUGGGCAAUACCUGUUCUAUAGUUGAACUCUUUCCUGUUGUUUGAUGCAUAAUUUGUCGAUUAACUUGUGAUAUGUUCUCAGUGAAUCAUAAUUUAGAGUGGCCAGUGACCAUGUUUAUCAAUAAUGUUUCCAGUGUACAUAGGGAAGGAAGUUAAGUUAUUGUGAUAAGGUGGAAUCUUUUGGUUGACAUGUCUAUCAUGCUAUGGUGUGGUUAUUUUUUAUAAUUUGUGGCAAUGGCGGCUGAGAAGAGGCAGAAACGAUUUAAGAAUGCCAGCACUAAUAGUUCUUGGGAGCAAGGCAAGGCAAGAAAGAAGAAACUGAGAUUGCUUAAACAUGAUUUAAAUGAGAGGUCUUAUAUUGCACUUGAGUGGGAUGAUAAGAACAGGAGUGUUGUUGCCAGGAGGGAACAGAUUGGAUUAGCAUGGAGAGACCUGAUUCCAUUUGUUGAUUAUGUUCCUCAUUCCCACAAUAUCUUGACUGAUGUUCUUGCCAUUCCUAGCGAAAUUUUUGACUUGGAAAAUUUGAAAGAGGUUCUUUCUUUUGAGGUAUGGCAGACUCACCUAUCUGAAAAUGAGAGAAACUAUCUUUUACAGUUUCUUCCUGAAGGAGCUCAGACACAUCAAGUUGUCAAAGAAUUGCUUGCGGGGGAUAACUUUCAUUUUGGGAAUCCUCUUCUCAAAUGGGGUGCUUCUCUUUGUUCUGGUAAUCUUCAUCCUGAUGUUAUUCUUCAUCAGGAACAAUGUUUCAAGGCAAGUAAGAACUCGUACUACUCAGAGUUACAGAAGUACCACAAUGACAUGAUUGUUGGUCUACUGAUGUUAAAGGAAAGAUGGGCCAGCUGCAAGGAUUUUGCAAAGGAAGUUGGGAACAAGAUAUGGAGAUUUCAUGAUGCUGAGGUGGACCUUGAAACCUUGUCUGAGUCUGGUUCUUGGGCUGCUGACGGGGAAGCAGAUAAUAGUUAUAACCAGAACUUAAUAAGGAACCACAGAGAACCAUAUAAAAGGAAAAGCUUUAUGGAGGACAACUGUGAUACAUUGUCAGCUGGCUUCAAGAUGGUAGCAAUACCUAGAAGAGGAGAAAAACUGCACAAUCAAGAUGUCCAUGGUGAUGAUGGUUUCAAAUAUAUGCCUUACAUUAAGGCUAGCAGGGAGCAGCAUCAACGUGGUAAGAGUAGUAUGAAGGAGUCUGGCAAUAGUAAUCCCUCUAGGUCUCUUAAUCGUGCCUUGGGUAACCUGGACACUUUUCAUGUCCAAAUGUUCCAGGAAGAAGAAUGGAAGAAGUUGCAUCAACAUUGGGUGCAGUUAGCAACCAGAGACCUUCCAUUAUCGUGUGCAAACCGGAGGAUGUUGCAGUUGAGGAAAUGGCAAUUAGCACGACUACUGGAACAAGAAAUGGAAGAAAAACUAAAUUCUUUGAAUGAGGAUGGGGUGGAAGAUUGCGCUCAUGUUAUGCUACCUGAUCUGAGAAAGAACAGAGCAUCAGACUCUGGAGCAACAAGUAUGCGUCCGCCCAAGGUUGAAUGCGGGAGCUCGCAUGUGGAGCACAUCAACGAUAGAGAAGAAAAACAUCAAUCUACCAUUGCAUUAUCAGAGGACCAGCAGGUCGGCGACCAUGCAACCGCGAAGCCGAAUGAAAUUCCCCCUCGUGAAUCAUCAUCAUCAGAGUAUGGACAAAGUUUGAACCGUAAUCGUGUGAAGGUAGCUCUUAAUCAUCGUUCUGCUUCUCUAAGCUAUGGAAACAGCGACAGGUCCUUGUCGUUGAUCGAUCCAUGGCCCGAGGAAGAGGGCCAUGGUCGAAAUGAGCUGCUGCCGCUACAGGAGGGGGCAGUACUGAGUUUUAUGAAAUGA